AUUAUUUGAUUAGACAUGGAAAUGAGUGGACUUGAUAUAAAUACAUCUCAAAUUUUAAAAAUAAUUUGUAUAAUUACUGACAAAAAUUUAAAAACUGUAAGCAAAGAUUUAAAUAUUAUUAUACAUCACUUAGAUGAAAUAUUAAAUAAUAUGGAUGAUUGGUGUUUAGCAACUCAUCAAAAAACAGGAUUUAAUUUAUGAAUGACGUUUAAGUAAAAUUAUAAAAUGCUGAGCAAAUUCUACUAAAAUAUUUAAAAAUAUAUGUAAAAGAAGUAAUAUGUCCAUUAGCAGGAAGUUCAGUCUAUGUAGAUCAUAUGUUUCUAUAUAAAUAUAUGCCAUUAUUUAAUAACUAUUUACAUUAUAGAAUUAUUGAUACUUCUACUAUUAAAGAAUUAAUUAAGAAGUGGAAUAUAAAUAUAUCUAUUUUAAAAAAAGAUCAUAAUCAU